GUCACGGCGGAUUGACCAAACCCGGAAGUGAAGAUGGCGACCGCCUACGAGAGGUUCAACCUGCAUGCAACACCUGAGAAGUUCUACAUUGAGGCUUGUGAUGAUGGAGCUAAUGACGUGCUGGUUAUUGAUAGGGUGUCCACAGAGAUGACCCUCGCAGGUGUUAAGGACAUUCCCCCAUCAGGUGUAACCAGGCCAAUUUGUGGAAUCAUGGGAACAACUCGUCUGGUAGCUGGGAUGUAUCUUAUUGUCAUCACCCGGAAAAGGAAAGUGGGCGACCUGUUUGGCCACACUGUGUGGAAAGCGGUGGAGUUUGAUGUGAUUUCUUAUAAGAAGACCAUUUUGCACCUUACAGAUAUUCAGAUGCAGGACAACAAGACAUUUCUGUCUAUGAUCAACAAUGUACUCAACACAGAUGGUUUCUACUUCUGCACGGACUACGACCUGACCCACACCCAACAGCGCCUGUCCAACACUAGCCCGGACUUCCAGGAGAUGAGCCUGCUGGAGAGGGCAGACCAGAGAUUCAUGUGGAAUGGAAACCUUUUAAGAGAAAUAACUGCACAGCCUGAGCUCCACAAAUUUGCAUUUCCUGUCAUCCACGGAUUUAUUGUGAUGAAGCCGUGCUGCAUCAAUGGGAAGGUAUUUGAGUGGAUCCUCAUCUCUAGACGGAGCUGUUUCAGAGCUGGGGUCCGAUAUUACGUCCGAGGCAUUGACUCUGAAGGACAUGCUGCUAACUUUGUGGAGACAGAACAGAUAGUCCAGUACAAUAAUGCACAGGCGUCCUUUGUGCAGACUCGAGGCUCCAUGCCCUUUUUCUGGUCUCAAAGACCCAACCUGAGAUACAAGCCCAAGCCACAGAUAAGCACAGACACCAAUCACAUGGAUGGAUUCAGGAGGCAUUUCGAGUCACAGGUUCUCACUUACGGCAAACAAGUCAUUCUAAAUUUGGUGAAUCAGAAAGGAUCUGAAUUGCCCCUUGAACAGGCCUUUGCCAAAAUGGUCAACGGCAUGGAGAACGGACUCAUCAAGUACAUAGCAUUUGACUUUCACAAGGAGUGCAGUAAGAUGAGAUGGCAUCGCCUCCAGAUUCUCGUUGACGCUGUUUCUGACAUGCAAGACGAGUUUGGGUACUUCAUGGUGAGCUCAGAUGGGAAGGUGACAUCCGAGCAGUCUGGAACCUUCCGCAGUAACUGUAUGGACUGUCUGGACCGCACCAACGUCAUUCAGAGCCUGCUGGCCAGACGUUCCCUACAGAGCCAGCUACAGAGGAUGGGUGUCCUCCAUGUAGGCCAGAAAAUUGAGGAACAAGCUGAUUUUGAGAAGAUUUAUAAAAACGCGUGGGCAGACAACGCCAAUGCUUGUGCUAAACAGUAUGCAGGAACCGGAGCCCUGAAAACCGACUUCACCAGAACUGGAAAGAGGACUCACUGGGGCUUGGUAAUGGAUGGCUGGAACUCAAUGAUCCGUUACUACAAGAACAAUUUCUCAGACGGGUUCAGACAAGACUCCAUCGAUCUCUUCCUCGGAAACUAUACAGUGGAUGAAACCGAUGGCUUGACGCCUCUGCACUUGCAGAAGGACUGGAAGUUCCUCUUGCUUCCUGUUAUUAUGGUGGUGGCCUUCUCCAUGUGCAUCAUCUGUCUCCUAAUGGCUGGUGACACUUGGACGGAGACCCUGGCAUAUGUGUUAUUCUGGGGAAUGGCCAGUGCUCUUACAGCCGCUGUCAUCGUGGUCAACGGACGAGAUUUUGUUGACGCACCGAAGCUGGUCCAAAAAGAGAAGAUGGAUUGAAUAUCGAAACCUCCUUUUGUCUUCUCUCUCUAUUUCCUGUUUAUUUUCUUCCAGUACUGACUUGCUGUCCACACUGUCCUUAAAUGUUUUCAGCAUAACAAGCAUCCCUGUUUCUUGCCCCCAUAGAUGGAGGUUUUUAUAUUACCAUAUCAUUUUACAUCAGUUACUGUCCACACUACAAAUUUCCUUUGAAUCAUGGGACAUGGUGUCUAAACGUCACAAAAUUUCUUCAACAAUAGUACUUGCAUCAGUUUAGAAUUGCACAUGGGUUGCACAACAUCUCCAGCCUGUAAGUGCAUUGUGGACACUGCGUUUUAUUUCAAAGGCUGCUGUGUCAUUACUGUUUGGCGAUCAAUCUAAAUUGACCCGUUGUGAAAUUAGAGUUAUUGUUUUGGCUCGAGAGCUUCUGCUCUCUUAUGAUAUCGGACACCAGGCGUGUGGCCAUUGACAGAUCAGGGAGGGUCUAUUGUAAUUACAUUGUUAUGCAGGGAAACGUUACAUGAUGCAUCAAUGGCUCAGCCCUUUUAUGUCCUCUGUGCUGAAAUCAGCUUUAUGCCUCUGUUUUAUUUUCAGUUGUUCUUUGCAGUGGCAGUUUGGGUUUUAAUGUGGUUUCCUUUUGUUCUGCCAGCAUAUUUAUGAGUUUGUGUCUCUCAUAAAUGAUAAAAUUAGACAGCUGUGGGACGCACUAGGGGGAGCGAGCGGUAUUAAGCACUGUUUCUAUAUGAGUUUACAGAAAAAUAUGAACAGCACUUUCCCGUGUAACUUCUUUGUCUCUUCGAGGACCAAUGAACACUAACAGAUAUGACACGCAUAAAGUGGCUCUUUAAUGGCUCUUUGACUGCACUUCACUUGAACGUUACCAAUUCAGUGGCAGUUCAUUAGACACAGAUAGACUUCUAUCAAAAUACCUAGCAAAUUGACUCACUUUUAAUUGAAUUCCCUCAAACUCUACUGACAAUUCAGAAAGCAUUCGCUUUUAACUAAAUUAUUUAGACGAGUGGCUUUCAUGACCGUCACAUAGCAGAAAAAUGUCAGUUUUAUUCAUGUUCACUUGCAUGAUGGUGCAUUUUAAAAUGCCUUACUUUUCACCCACCAAUUUCUUUUAUUUUGAUAAACUUUGACACAUUUAGCAAAGUGUUUUUGGGAUUGGGAGUGGACACUGAUAAAUGAAUCACUUUCAGAUCUUCCUUAAGAACUGAAUGCUCAUCGGUUUGGUUGAGUGACAAAAAGAAUGUAGAUUUUGAUGCCUUCAUAUGUGUUUUUUGUAGUCAUCUGAAGAUGAUAAUGCAAGACACACCUCAACAUGAGAUUGCAAAUGACCGUUUCAUCAAAUUCAUAUGAGCCGUGUUUUCUUUGUGCGCAAAGAUGAAAAGAUGAAAGAAUGGCUGGAUGGAAACACAACACUGAUCAUUAAAUCCUGUAUGUUUGAUGUUUACCUGUAUAAAUCUGAUGUGUAAACUGUACAUUGGGAAGAAAUUAAGAGAAUUUAUAAAUAUAUAUAUAUAUAUAUAUAUAUGAGUGUGUCAUUGUAAUAAUGUACUGUACAGUGUAGUUUACAAGAACUUAGCUUUAGCACUUUCUGGUUGAGUUAUUGAUCAAUCGAAGUGGCGUUACUGAUCACAUUCUUCCAUCACGGGGCUUGAUGAAUAAUGCAUUCAUUACCCUAGAUUAUGAACCGUCGUCGUAUUUCCAGAGUGCACUUGGGUUGAAGUGUGUUAAAUGACAUAUUAUCUAUAUUGAUUGUGUUUUUGGACUUGAUCCUGACAGUGUUUUAAAUCCUGUUUAACCUUCUCUCUCGUCUUGUUUGAUUAUAUGCCUCAACAUUACAGUUAGAUUUCUGAUUACUGUGCUCAUUCAGUACUUGCCCAUGAUUUCAAGGGAAUAGUUUGUGAGACAUCAUUUGUCUUUAGUAGUCUGUCAGUCCUUGUCAGUCUCAAACCUCUACAGUUCUCAUGAAAACCACAUUGACUAUUGCUCAUAAUCUAGGUAUUGUUUGGUUUUGAUUAUUGGGGUGUCAUUUAAUACAUUUAAAGGACAUUUCAAUCACUGUAACUGAUGGUUUCUUGAGGAAAUCAUGUUUAAUAAAUUCUACCAA